CUGACCAGCUGGUUCGCUCUUCUUUGUCGUACAGGCUUGCUAGCUAUCUAAGUUAGCAUGCUAGCUAUCUUGAGAGUUAGUUAGCAAUGAGCACUCGGGAGGCCGGCGUCCCUCCAGUCCAGCGCUUUCUUGCCAAUCGCCUCAUUCACUGGGCGCCCGCGAUAAACCUCAUUGUCAUGUGGCAGCGGUGCUAGUGCCGUUUUCCUCAUCCGGCGACACUACAGCUGCCAGUCGGAGGCAAGACCCCUUUUCAGCAUCUCGUCAGCAGCAUGCGUACUCCCUCACCACACAGGGUUGGCAAGAAGCCUAAACGAGAUGGCAAGCCCAGACAGAAGGAACAUCUUGAGCAGAUUCCCUUCCGCCUUCGAGAGAUUAUGAAAAGCAAGGAGCGGAUGAAGAUGGGGCCCAGCAAGAUCAAGAAGAUGAAGAAAGCUGACGCCAUUGCCCUCACUCCCAAACCCAAGCCAGGGGAGGCUACAAUCGGAGAUAUCCCUGUUCCACACUUCCGUAGAAAGAAGAAGGAGAGUGAGAAGGCGUACCUGCGGAGGAUGGGCAACGAGGCGGAGCACGUCCUCUUCCUCACCAAGAACCAGAUAGAGAGACAGCCAGAGAUGGAGCUAGAGGAGCAGGAGAAACCUGCUGGCACCGGGAAAUGCAAGUCUGACAAGAAGAAAGAAUAUGAUAAAAGCCGGCUGGACAGGCUACAUAAGAAGAAGCAGGUCAGACGGGAAGAGAAGGCAGAAAACGACAUGUUCAUAGAUGAAGUUGCCUUUGGAGAAGUUGCCAUGGCACCACCGACUCUGAGUAUCAAGCCCAGGAAGGCACUAAUCAAGCCCCAGGGUGUGUGUAAGGGUCUCCUGCUGAACUCUCUGCUGGGCCAGACCCAGCUCUCCACAGCCAAGCCGUCCAUGGCCAGGCAGAGGAUGAUGGAGGAGGAGAGGCAGCGGGUGGUGCAAGCCUACCGCCACCUGAAGAAACAGAAGCAGCAUCAGCAAGAGGCCAAAGCAGCUGGGAUAGAGAAGCUGAAGAACCUCCAGUGAGACUCGUGGUCCCAUUCUCUGCCUCGCUCCUCCAAGGUGUUCACUUCUUACACUGUCCAAAUAGAGUGAUGCAACAUUUUUUUAUGUGGCUCUAUACUCCAGCUAUUUUUAUUUGAGAUCAGGUGACAGCAUUCCAAUAUUCCUUGUACACAAUGACUACAUCAAGCUUUUGACUCUACAAACCUGUUGGAUGCAUUUACAGCUUGUUUUGGUUGUUUCAGAUUACAUGUUGUCCAAUCGGAAGUGAUUGGUGAAUGAUGUAUUUUGUUUGACUCACUUUUGUGAGACGAGAUGACGUUUGUGAACACUUCUACAUUAAUGUGGAUGCUACCAUGAUUACCAUGAUUAUGAAUGAAUGAUGAGUGAGAAAGUUAGAGGGUCAAAGAUCAUACCCUCCAAAAAUGUUUGUCACCCAUUAUUGGGAAUGGUGAGAGCUUGACAUGCUUUGUUUUAGCCUCUAACUUUCUCACUCAUCAUUAUUCAUGAUUAAGUCAUGUUUUUUCUUAAUCAUGGCAUUAUCAGGAUUGAUUUAGAAGUGUUCAGAAACGUAUCUACUCACUUAGAAAAUAAAAUGACUCCUUUCAGUAAAUCAGAUAAAUAUGAAAAUACCCUCAAAUUAGAGGUGACGUUCUGUACUGUCAUCUGAUAUGAACAAUUUAUCUCAAAUCCAAAAUGCUGGAGUACAGAGCCAAAUUUUUAAUUUUGUGGACUGGUGUAAGACAUAUGGUGGAGAGUCUGUAAACCCCUGUAGCCUAUGCUUAAAUCAAUGCUUUUUAAUUAAAUGGAGGUGAGUGAGCAAGUACACAUUUCAGGGUGAAAGACGGGGAAUUUGGCUGCAUUGAAGAUGAAGCACCAAAUCUAAGUGGAACCACAUGAAGGGGACAAGGGUUAGCUCAUCUGAUCACCAAGCAGUUCAUAUUCCUUUCCCAGUCUACAGUGAGUUUUUGUGGACACUGGGAUGGAUUCUGGCUAGUAUUGAAAGGACCAGACCUGCACAUAUGGACUGAUUCACUGUUUCUCCUUGAAUAAGUAGCUUUCCUACCUACCUGCAGGCCUUGCCAUUUAUGUCAGGUACUUCUGACUGUCGGUGCCACUGUUUUCUGUAUUAACAAUCUUCUCUUGUGGCAAUGCAUGACUGCUAUGACAUGGACUAAAUUAUGACUCUUUGGGGACUUUAAAACCUCUAACUUUUCCAUGCAGUGCCUUCAGAAAGUAUUCAGACCCCUUGACUUUUACCAUGUUUUCUUCCGUUAGAGUUUUUCUAAAAUUGAUUAAAUUGAUUUUCAAUACCCCAUAUAACAAAGCAAAAACCGGGUUUUAGAUUUUGCUAAUUUAUUCUAAAUAUCACAUUUACAUAGGUAUUCAGACCCUUUACUCAGUACUUUGUUGAAGCACCUUUGGCAGCAAUUACAGCAUCAAGUCUUCUUGGGUAUGACGCUACAAGCUUGGCACACCUGUAUAUGGGGAGUUUCUCCCAGUUUCUCCCAGAUCCUCUCAAGCUCUGUCAGGUUGGAUGGGGAGCGUUGCUGCACAGCUAUUUUCAGGUCUCCAGAGAUGUUCGAUCGGGUUCAAGUCCGGGCUCUGGCUUGGCCACUCAAGGACAUUUAGAAACCUGUCCCAAAGCCCCUCCUGCAUUGUUUUGGCUGUGCUUAGGGUUGUUGUCCUGUUGGAAGGUGAACCUUUGCCCCAGUCAGAGGUCCUGAGUGCUCUGGAGCAGGUUUUCAUCAAGGAUUUCUCUGUACUUUGCUCCAUCUUUGCCUCAAUCUUGAUGAGUCUCCCAGUCCCUGCUGCUGAAAAACAUCCCCACAGCAUUAUUCUGCCAUCACCAUGCUUCACCGUAGGGAUGGUGCCAGGUUUCCUCCAGACGUGAGUUUUGGCAUUCAGGCCAAAUAUUUCAAUCUUGGUUCCAUCAGACCAGAGAAUCUUGUUUCUCAUGGUCUGAGUCUUUAGAUGCUUUUGGUAAACUCCAAGCAGGCUAUCAUGUGCCUUUUACUGAGGAGUGGCUUCCGUCUGGCCACUCUACCAUACAGGCCUGAUUGGUGGAGUGCUGCAUAGAUGGUUGUACUUCUGGAAGUUUCUCCCAUCUCCACAGAGGAAGUCUAGAGCUCUGUCAGUGACCUUUGGGUUCUUGGUCACCUCCUUGACCAAGGCCCUUCUACCCUGAUUGCUCAAUUUGGCCGGGCGGCCAGCUCUAGCAUGAGUCUCGGUGGUUCCAAACGUCUUCCAUUUAAGAAUGAUGGAGGCCACUGUGUUUUUGGGGACCUUCAAUGCUGCAGAAAUGUUUUGGUACACUUCCCCAGAUCUGUGCCUCAACACAAUCCUGUCUCGGUGCUCUACGGACAAUUCCUUCGACCUCAUGGCUUGGUUUUUGCUCUGACAUGCACUGGCAACUGUGGGACCUUAUAUUGACAGGUGUUUGCCUUUCCAAAUCAUUGUCCAAUCAUUUGAAUUGACCACAGGUGGACUCCAAUCAAGUUGUAGAAACAUCUCAAGGAUGAUCAAUGGAAACAGGAUGCUCCUGAAGCUUAAUUCUGAGUCUGAUAGCAAAGAGUCUGAAUACUUAUGUAAAUUAGGUAUUUAUUUUAUAUUUAAUAACUUUACAAAAAUGUAACUUGUUUUUGUUUUGUCAUUAUGGGAUAUUGUGUGUAGAUUACUGAGGAUGAUUUUUUUUUUUUAAUCCAUUUUAGAAUAAGGUUGUAAUGUUACAAAGUGGAAAAAGUCAAGGGGUCUGAAUACUUUCCAAAGGCACGGUAUUAUUUACAGCCCUGCUGUACCGAGCAAGAAAAGUUUUCACCUGCCAUUCUCACUAGGUGGUAGUCAGGACAGAAACAGAAACAUCGGGGUACUUCUUGUUAUGUUAUUAGUAAUAAUAAUGAUUAUUUCUGGAGCGAAUGUGAUAUUGUUUUGAAUAAAAUGUAACAUUGUAACUACA